AUUGAAAGCUAACUCGUCAUUACAUAUCAACCGGUAAAAUGAACGGCAGGCAAUCACAACGACUGGCCGAUGUCGAGAAGGGGCAUAACCAACAGCAGUCGCCUCCACACGCUGAUAGCCCUCACGAAGCUGAGAGCAACACCACGGAGACAACGAGAUGCGCACAGUACCCUACAGAUGAAAAAGGACGUGAAAUCGUAGAUUGGGAUGGCCCGGACGAUCCUGAUAAUCCGUUCAACUGGUCAAGGAGUUACAAAUGGUUGAUUACUAUCACAACAUGCUUCAUUUCCAUUCUCACGGGUCUGCCAGCGGGCUCGUAUAGCGCUGGGAAUUCAUACAUGGAACAGGAUUUUGGGAUCAAUCAAGACAACUUUCCAUGGUUGACAUGGGCUACGGCUAGCUGGAACGUAGGAGCCGCCGUUUUUCCCCUGCUGUUCGUCCCGCUCACUGAGAACUCUGGUCGGAUGCCGGGGUAUUUUAUCUCUUAUAUCAUUUUCUUGAUCUUCCUUGUGCCGUCCGGCGUGGGCACCAAUUUUGCGACCAUGGUCACCACGAGGUUCUUUGGUGGUGGCGCUAGCUCAGUUUCGAUCAAUAUUGUCGGGGGGACAAUCGCGGAUAUCUGGAAAGGCCCUGCCGAACGGAGCGUCCCCAUGUCCAUCUUCGGUAUGACGUCCGUCGUUGGCAUCGCCCUGGGACCGUUCAUCGGAGGCGCAAUUCAAACCAACGAGACAACAAUCAACUGGCACUGGAUCUACUGGAUACAAUUAAUUUUUGACGGUGCUCUUCUCCCCGUCUUUUGGUUCAUCCUUCGCGAGACAAGGGGCGACGUAAUCCUCGCCAAAAGAGCGAAACGUAUUAGGAAGGAGACGGGUCGUCAGGCCUAUGCCAAAGCAGAGCUCGAGAGUGAAAAGGUCUCCACGAUGGUCUUAAUCUCGUUUAAACGUCCAACAAAAAUGCUUUUCACAGAAUUCGCCGUCUUUUCCUUCACCUUAUGGGUUUCGUUUGCAUGGGGACUGCUAUUCCUCUUUCAGUCGAGCAUCCCGCAGACUUUCAGUGCAAACUACGGCUUCAAUACGUUCCAAAGUUCACUGGUCCAACUCGCCCUUUCUGUCGGCGCGAUCAUCGGCACGAUCAUCAACCCUUACCAGGACAAAUUGUACCUCCGAUCCGCCCACCACAACAAGGAGACCGAGGGUAAGCCCAUACCUGAGGCCAGAUUGUACUUCUCCAUCCCCGGCAGUUUGCUUUUCGCCGGCGCGUUGUUCUGGUAUGGCUGGACCAGCUACCCGAACAUCCAUUGGAUUGUACCUACCAUAGCUAUCGGUUUUAUCGGUUUAGGCAUCUAUGCUAUUUACAUGGCCACCGUGAUGUACCUCACUGAUGCGUAUGAAAAAUAUGCAAGUUCUGCGCUCUCUGCGGCAUCUUUGGGUCGAAAUUCAUUUGGCGCUUUCCUACCCCUUGCCAGCCAGGACCUCUUUAACAAUCUGGGCUUCCAGUGGGCGGGAAGCUUACUCGGCUUCCUGGCUUUGGCACUUUCGGGCGUUCCUAUCCUCCUCUUCUUCAAAGGCAGAUAUCUCCGUUCGAGAUCGCCGUUUAUUGCAGAAGCGACCUUCGAAGAGGGCGAUUCGGAAGAACGUCGCGAAACAACUAAGCAGGAGGGGAGUAAAGGUCUUGGUGGUCCUGCCGGCCAGGCCAGGCCCACCGCGCCGACUAUCGGGAGGUAAGGAGACUUGUAAGAUGUCAAGUACAUGCAAUGUGGUGGGAUUAGGUGUUUGUGACACGCGCAGGAAGCCAGGUUAAACUUCCGAACGUCGAAAGCGAUCUUGCCCAUUGCCGCAGCAGAAGUCAGCUAAUGAGCAAUGCCAAAUGGGAAGUUACAGGUUAAGGAGCUUUACUUUUGCCAUUAGCAACCCAGAAUCUCGGGACUGUGAUGUCUUUCAGAAGAUUGGAGCACUGGUGCCCUCUGUCAGAAUUAGCUGUUCCUGUUUCAGUCUCUAGUAAUUCUCGUGGGCUAGUUACUUGC